AUGGAGACUUCAAAAGAGAGAAAGCGAAGACGACGGAGCGACGGAGAAGAACAUCUAUUUGAUGCCCCUAAGUGCAGCCGUGAUCCUAAAAGGGUCAAGCACCAGGGCGAUCGACGUGGGACCCGCAGACCAUCAGCUGGGAAGCCAGCACCUAGAAAUGAGCCAUGGUACACCUUGGCUCACAUGGGCAAUGCCCUACAGACCUUCAAGGAGUAUGGGAAAGACAGCUACCUAUACAGCAGGGGCCUUGAAGAGAAAUUUAUGGCGGUGAACUUCCUACAACAUCAGCCAGAAAUCACCUCGGCAUCAUGGUAUGAGUUCACCAGCCAUCUUAUUUGUAUCCACAGACACCUGCGUUUGGACUUUCGCUCCCUGUGCCUGACCGCCAACCUUCUGGAGCGGUUUCUUGCCUGCGCUGAUCCCAUCAAGACCACCGACCUGAAUAGAGUGGGAGCCACUUGCUUCAAUAUAGCCUGCAAGUUAGCGGAGAAAAGGAACCAUAGAAGACCGAAGCACCAAAAGCUGUUUGAUGACACCUUAACACUGAAGGAAAUGUCCCGGCUAGAGAGAAACAUCAUCCGGAAAUUGAAGUUUCGACUGGAGGCGCCCACCAUGGACUACUUUAUGGAGCACUUCACCCUCCUGAGAGUAGCCAGUCAGAAGGACUCACCAAAAGCAGCCAUUGCACUGACGGCAGCUAGAGGCAUUGCAGCACUGAGCCUGACACACCAUCAGGACUUUUACACUUAUGCACCAUCUGUUAUGGCUCUGUGCUGCCUCAAAGUAGCCGACAAAUUCCAUCCUUCAGGCAAAGCUGUCAAGGUGGAUCCUGCUGACUACCCGGACCAUCUAAUAGAACAGUGCGUCAAAAAGAUCAUCACUCUGAUUUCCUCCAAGCCGGGCUAUUUACAUGGACUGCUUCCAGAAGUGUUUCCGAAGACACUGCCAGCAUUAACUGGAGAUAACAGAACUCGUCCAGUGAGCCAUGGGGUCGAGACAUCACCCAGAAGCAGCAGAACAUCGCAGCAGGAGACCGACGCAAGCGACUCCCAGCAACAACCCGAAGGCGGCGAGCCAGCAGCAUCCAGGCAGGCAACGGCUUCCAACCACUUGGAAACUGCGCAGGGAUCCGGCGACUCCAGCUACCAUCCAGGAGUAAUUUACAAUCCCUCAUACCCCUACUGGCCGGCAUACAUGCACCCAUACAUGGCCACACACCCAUACAUGCACCCAUACAUGGCCACACACCCAUACAUGCACCCACACAUUCCCACAUACCCAUACAUGCACCCAUACAUGGCCACACACCCAUACGUGCAGCCUUACAUGCACCCACACAUUCCUACAUACCCAUACAUGCAGCCUUAUAUGCACCCAUACAUGGCCCCAUACAUGCAGCCUUACAUGCACAACACAGACCUUCAUGCACCCAGCACAGACACACAUACACUUACUGACAGUCAUACAUGA